AUGGCUUCGGAUACUAUCCACCACGACUAUGACAACGAAAAACAGCAAGUCGGUCAUCACAUCGAACAUGCAAACACUCAUACCACCAACGACUCUGCCUAUGACCUGCAGCAAGAAGUCACCCUCUCGGGUGUGGAUAUGAAGAAUAGCCAUGCACUCAAGGGAGACGAUUCAGAUGGCAAGGUAGAGUGGAGUGUGCGAAGUAUCUUCGCUGCCAUUUUCCUUGCGGCACUAUAUACAGGCUCCCAGGUAAUCCUGUACUUUACCGGCGGCUCCCUUUCCUUCAUCGAAGAAGAUCUCGGUCUAGCACGUGGAUCUGCCUGGCUCCCCACUGCUAACAUUCUUGCCAUUGCCGCUGUUUGCCCGUAUGCAGGCUACCUUCAGGACCUCUUCGGCAAACGCUACAUUGCUCUUUUCGGAUCGUUUUGCAUCUGUCUGGGAUGCGCAUUGAUGGGUAGUGGACACAGCUUUGGACAGUUGUUGGCUGGUAUGGCGAUCUCCGGUGCUGGGGCUGCCACGGGGGAAUUGACAGGGCUUGCUGGACUUGCAGAAGUAGUUCCCGUCAAGUACCGGGGUUACUCUCUUGCUCUCGUUACAGCUUUUGUCUUGCCAUUCUGCCCCUACCUACUUUACGUGGAACUCUGGUCGCACAACGACGACGGCAUCGGUUGGCGCUGGGGACCUUGGUGCGCGCUCAUUUUCAACGGUAUCGUUGGCAUCGGUCUCGCCUUGACGUACUUUCCUCAGAACCAGUCGCGCGGCGAUGGCUUCUCUCGACGAGCAAUCUUGAAGCGUAUAGACUACAUCGGUGGAGUUCUAUCCAUCACGGGACUCACUCUGUUCCUCGUAGCCCUUCAGUCAGGCGGCUACACACACCCCUGGGCCUCCGCCUAUGUUCUGUGUACCAUGCUCAUCGGUCUAGCUCUAAUCGCCGCUUGGGUGGUCUAUGAAGCCAAGUACGCCCCUUAUCCCAUGGUUCCUGGCGAGCUCUUCAGCGGCCAACGCAUCGUCGCUCUCGCAUACAUCAUCGCUUUCUCCGCCGGCAUGAACUUCUUCUCUAUCCUCAACUUCUUCCCCGUCACCUUCAGCAGCGUAUACACGCCAGUACCUGUCUCUAUUGGACUCCGCGGCUUGGGUCCUGCUCUCACUACAGCCGUCGGUGCGAUAUUUUUCAACGCCGCACUGUCUCGCUUUCCAAGUCACACAAGAGAAGUACUGUUGUUAGCUGUGAGCAUUAUGACGGGAUUUGCAGGAGCACUGGCGGUCAUGACUCCGGACAAUGAGCGUGUAGUCUUGUUUCUAGGAUCCAUGGCUGGGUUUGGUGUGGGUGGCGUACUGGUGCCUGCUGCGACAGUCGCAAUGCUUGUUUGUCCUGAUGCGCUUAUCACCACUGCUGCUGCCCUGUCGCUGUCUAUCCGUACGGUUGGCGGAAGUAUCGGGUACUCCAUCUACUACAAUAUCUUCGCAGGAAAACUGACGACCAAUUUACCCAAGUAUACGGCGCAGUACGCGAUCCAAGCUGGUCUUCCAAUGGAGAGUGUGGAGGCCUUUGUUGGCUUGUUCCUUACGGUGCCGGAGGAAUUGGCUACGACGAAUAUCGUAGGUGUUACACCAGCUGUAAUCCAGGGCGCAACGAUAGGAACGCGGUGGGCAUACAGCGAGAGCUUGAAGUAUGUUUGGGUAAGUGCAUAG